AUGUCGCCAGUUACCUCUUUACAGUCGAUGUCAGAGAGGCGACCGGGUCAACGUACAAUGCCGCGCACUUCAUCGAUCGACUCUGCGAUAUCCUCCCUGUCAUCUGCUUCACAGACCAACAAAUCUUCUUUUGACGCGAAUUCUUUGAGUCAGGCUGAUAUUGGAAAUUUGAUAACUACUGCGGGAUCGGCUGAAGCUGUUAUCAUACACCUUCUGAAAGAAAAGCAUCAUGCAGCAUCACAAAAUUCUCAGCUCUGGAGGCUGGUGGACAAGCAGCGCACGCUCAUAUUGGGACUAAAUAAAGAUCUUGAACGCGCUACGAAGGAAAAGGAGCGAUACAGAAAGAAGGUCAAGGAAUUACAAAGUCUGCCACCGCCGCUACCGAAUCCGACCAGCGAUUUUAUGUCAUCACGGCAGGCGAUUGAUGGAGCCGCCAAGUCCGGCCAAGAAAAAUCUAAAGAGGCUCAAUGGGAGGAUCGGGCAGCCCUAGUAGAUGAUGCAGGUCUCGAUGGUCAUCAUAGCAACAGUCGCUUGCACGAUGUUCUUGCGAUUGACAAGCAAACUACUUUCGAGCCGGUCGCACCCCCUGAACAGCAUACGGAUCGAAGGAUUGUAACUCACGGCUAUCAAUCAUCCUCUGACCUCCGUCAAGGGUUGUCCACAAUCAACCAAGACUACCUUGCAAGCACUGGCUCGGUUGGGCAUGAUCGUAGACCUAGCAGCGACAGGUCACGAAGAAUUUCUCAACCAUCUCGGAAGCCUCCUCCAGCGCCACUCAACCUCGGACAAGCAGAUCAUAUACCCUCUUACAAUGUAGAAGACUCCGAUUCCGGCUCCGAGUAUGAGGACAUUUUGGCAGUGGAGGAGUUCCCGGCAACCCGCGGCAGGAGACGGACGAGAGACGAAGAUGACCAGAAUCGUGAGGCGCUUUGUGCAGCAGACAAGGAUACGACUCAUAAAAGCUUGGUUAAGACAGCACACAGCCCACCGUCAGAUCAACAAAAAUUACAACCUGUCAAUCAUGCAGAUUCCCGUCACUCGAGCCAUCCAGUGGCAUGUUCAAGGUUACUUAAAGGUCACCCUACAAUCGCCAUCCCAAAGAGUCCUGGGCUACCAUUAAGCCCAAGGCCUGAAGAUCGCCCUCUUGGAUCCCCUUUGCCGCGUUUACCUAGAGAGAUCCCCCCGUCUCUUGUUUCGUUGCCCAAGUCUUCGGAGAGCACACUCUCUGGAUUAGCGCUGUCUCCUCGCGUUGCCAGCCACCCAACUCUAUCCGCUGCAGGCCCUUAUACAACAGAUGAUAGCGCUGUCUAUGGUUCAGCUCUUGUCGACUCUCUCGGCCAACAAUUACCCUCAAUCGAUGGAGCUGUUAGGACGGAUGCAUCUCAGUCUCCUUGGAGAGGCAAUGGAGUUUACCAAGGCCUUGUCUCAGGAAACUAUCCAGACCUCUUGUUACCUCCUAACGCACUGCCCCUGGUUCAUGUGAAAGUCUCUUCCUCACGCCUGCGGCCCUCCCGAAACAGUUACCUGGCUCCGAAGCCAUUGGAAGAGGAGCCAGUCUUUACUUUGGGUGUGUUUUCUAGGUCUGGCAAUGAAGAGCUCUGGCGCGUUGAAAAGGUUAUCGCAGCUCUUCCUCUUCUUGAUCAACACUUAAGGCAGCUGGGCUUCUGGGGAGGCAGGUUACCAGAUAGGUCAAUAUUUAGCGGACACUCACCUGCCAAAGUCGAUGCGAGACGUGCCGCGCUCAACUCCUAUUUUGAAACACUUCUCGAUACACCAAUGGAUGAGAAGGCAGCAUUGAUUAUAUGUCAAUUCCUUACUUCCGAUGCCAUAGAAGCUCGAGACGACGAGACCAGCCUGCUCAAAGGGAACAAUCUAGGUGGCAUUGAGAUUCGACGAGGCCCGGACGGCAAACCCCGCAAAGAGGGUUAUUUGACAAAGAGGGGAAAGAAUUUUGGUGGAUGGAAAGCUAGAUACUUUGUUCUGCACGGCCCUGAACUUAAGUACUUCGAGUCGCCAGGUGGCCCUCAUUUGGGAACCAUUAGGAUCUACAACGCCCAGAUUGGCAAGCAGUCUCAAAAUUCAAGUAACCAGCCGGAUUCUCCUUCUCGCGUUGAGGAAGACACCGAUAAUCAGUACCGGCAUGCCUUCCUCAUACUUGAGCCGAAGAAGAAAGAUUCCACGGCUCUUGUUCGUCACGUUUUGUGCGCCGAGAGCGAUGAAGAAAGGGAUACGUGGGUUGACGCGCUCCUGGAGUAUGUUGACGCACGAAGCGAGGACAAAGAUGGGACUUAUAGCACGCCCUUAAAAGCCCAAACGCCUGUGGGGAAGUCCGCUGUGAACGCGCCUGCAAAGUCUAGGCUGUUUGCCAAUACAAGCUACAAAAAGCAAAAUAAGAGUCUCGAGAACUCGGAUGUGGAAGGUCUCGAUAUUGUCCAGGGAUUUAGUUAUGAUGAUGCUGUUCCUGCCGAACCUCCAGUUAUUGGACCCUCCAUGGACAAGCAAGCCCUUAAAUCCCCUUUAGUCUUUUCAGGGUCAUCGACCGACAGUCAAGAUGCCAGUCAGGAUUAUGGUCAAUCCUCGGCGAAAAUUAUAUCUGGUCCUACCAACGGAGCUGUGAUACAAGACGCAGGGGCCUGGGGCAACAAGACCGCAACAAGUGUCAAAGAGAAGAAACGGAGCAUAUGGGGAUUUCGCACGAGAUCAUCGAUGGAUCUAGCCUCACAGCUUCAGGCAGCCUAUGAUGGCUCAACAUCUCAAAUGCUUAAUUCAUUCGAGAAAAGAGACUCUGUUAGGCCCGUUUUCGGUCUGGCCCUGGCCGAGGCCGUGGAAUUUUGCGCGCCUCAGGGCCUUGAUGUUGAAUUACCAGCUGUGGUUUAUCGCUGCAUAGAGUAUCUGAAAGCAAAGGGUGCAGAGUCAGAAGAGGGGAUCUUCCGUCUAAGUGGUUCCAAUGUCGUUGUGAAAGCCCUAAAGGAACGUUUCAAUAAUGAGGGCGACUUGGAUUUCCUGGCCGAUGAUGAGUACCAUGAUGUGCAUGCUGUUGCAUCUCUUUUCAAACAAUACCUCCGGGAGCUUCCCACGACCGUUCUGACCCGUGAAUUACACUUGGAUUUCCUGCGAGUCCUCGAACUUCAAGAGAAGAAACAGAAGAUCGCAGCGUUCAACGCCCUUGUCCACCGACUACCCAAGCCGAACCUUGCCUUGCUACGUGCAUUGGCCCAGUUCCUGAUGAUCAUCGUGAACAAUUCCGACAUCAAUAAGAUGACGAUCAGAAAUGUCGGCAUUGUGUUCGCGCCCACCCUCAAUAUACCAGCGCCAGUCUUCUCCACUUUUCUCACUGACUAUGAAGAGAUCUUCAAUAAGCCACCAGUUUCUGGUGACGAAUCACUGGAGUCUCGUGAUGACUAUGCCACCAUUCCAGAAGAGUCCCGUUUCCCUUACCAUCAGAUGCUGCCAGAUACUGCUAUACACAAACAUGGUAAGACAGGGAACCAGGAGCAAACGGGUUUUACACAGGACGCUUCUAUGCAAUCAGAAUGUGUGUCUAGCUUCACACAGCAGAGCUACGAGGUAUCCAGUAGUAAUGCUAGGUCCGAGCUGUCCCAAUCGAGCCAGUCAAUCAUACCUCUCGCUAACAAGAUGUUGUCGCCGAAUAUUGACAACACGCGGUCUACCAAGUCCAAAAGGAGAGAAAGCUCUCUACUGUUUAUGGAUAUCAACAAUCAUACCUUUUCACCUCCAGUGCAAGAUGACUAA